CGUCUCAUUCUGCGACUCGCCGGAUGAUUGUUUUGACACCCUUUCUGUCAACCUAAAACUAUCGAGUUGCGUGUUUUCAACUGAAACUAUAGUUAAGCGGUUUGUGCGGCAGUAACUCGAAUCAUGAGUUCAUCUCCGUCUGUCUCGUGACCGGAGUUUGGGAAGCGAAUUCUGCUUAGCAGCGUUAGCUAACAAGCACAGCGCUGCUGUUUCACCGCAGAGCGAUGAACUAUGGAUACGGCGGCAGGAGAGGAAGAAGAGGCGGCCGCUGGCACCGGGACGGUAGCAGAGAGCGGUGGGACGGAGGAGGAGGAGGAAGAGGCGGCGGGUCGAGGGGUCACAGCCCCAACUAUGACCAGGACCACGAAGGCGGUGGACCCCGGGACCGCCCGCCUCCUCACUUGAAGGGUCGGGCUAUUGGUCUGUGGUACGCAAGAUACGGAGCCGUGAGAAGGAAACAAGUUGAUAGGAGAUCGCGAGCCGUUGUCCAGAUGGAUGAAGCCAGAGAGCAGCACAUUACCAAUCUGCUUCACUCUGUCCAAACUGACCAGACUGGUCCUGAGACCAGCGUGAGGCAUCCCAGAGCUUCUGGAACUUGGCAAGACGAUGGAAGUAGAAGUAGCCAUUGUUAUUUUGAUGGUGAUUUGCCGGAAAAGAAUAAAAGGUCUGAGGAUGACGAAGAGGAGGGUGACUUGGUGCAUAAGAAAGCUACUCAAAAAUCACAACAUAACUUUGCUGAGACUGUUGUCAAAGACGAGCCUCCUGAUGCAUGGGAUGAAGACGAACCGCAGGAACAACUGCAACAACAGCAGCCGAAGCAAGAAAAGGACAGGGGCGAGCAAAGGUGGAGAGACAAGGAUUUAGACUUUUUAUUUCAGGAAGUUGUCCGCGACAAUUCGCUGGAUGACAGAUUACAAGAAGAUCUGCAGAAGAAGACAUCGGACCCCAAAUACAUAGAUAUGCUGCAAUUCAGGGAAAAACUACCUUCAUAUGGAAAGAAGGAGGAGUUGGUGCAGCUGAUCAACUGCAACCGCGUCCUGGUUGUGAGUGGUGAGACGGGUUGUGGAAAGACCACUCAGGUUACUCAGUUCAUCCUGGACGAUCACAUCAGACGUGGUGUGGGUUCUCUGUGCCGGGUGGUUUGCACUCAGCCCCGACGCAUUAGCGCCAUCUCUGUAGCGGAACGUGUAGCGGCUGAAAGAGCAGAGAGUGUCGGCAAUGGGAAUUCUUGUGGAUACCAGAUCCGUUUGGAAUGCCGGUUACCACGGCGACAGGGUUCCAUCCUUUAUUGUACAACAGGCAUUAUUCUUCAGUGGCUCCGCUCAGACCCACUUCUGACCAGCGUCAGCCACUUGGUUUUGGAUGAAAUACACGAAAGAAGCCUGCACUCAGAUGUUUUACUGGUGAUCGUCAAAGACCUGCUCAAACGCAGAGAUGAUCUCAAAGUCAUUCUUAUGAGUGCCACGCUCAAUGCUGAGAAGUUCUCCAAGUACUUUGACAAGUGUCCCAUGAUUCACAUCCCUGGCUUGACUUUCCCAGUGGAAGAGUUCUUGCUCGAGGAUGUGGUGGAGAUGCUACGGUAUCAUCCGAAAAAUCAAAACACUCGCCCCUCAUGGAAGAAAGGCUUUUGCCAUGGGCGAAACUCCCGACCUGAAAAGGAGGCGACGGAGGCUGAAUACAAAGAGAGCUGGCCGUGUUACACACGAACACUUCAGGGCCGAUACUCUGACAGCACCAUCGCCGCGUUGGAGGUUUUGGACAGCGACGAAAAGAUCGACUUGGAGCUAAUCCUGGCGCUGAUCCGACACAUUGCGCAAAAUGAAGACGAGGGAGCCAUUUUGGUCUUCCUGCCAGGUUGGGACAACAUUAGCAGCCUUCAUGACCUGCUCAUGGCUCAGCAGAUGUUUCGCUCAGAUCGGUUUGUCAUCAUCCCUCUGCACUCCCUGAUGCCUACUGUCAACCAGACGCAGGUGUUCAAGAGGCCUCCACCUGGAGUUCGAAAGAUUGUUAUCGCCACUAAUAUUGCUGAAACCAGCAUCACGAUAGAUGAUGUCGUUUUCGUGAUUGACGGAGGGAAAAUUAAAGAAACCCACUUCGACACCAGCAAUAACAUCAGCACCAUGGCGGCGGAGUGGGUGAGCCUGGCCAAUGCCAAACAGAGGAAAGGUCGCGCCGGCAGAGUGAGUCCAGGGAAGUGCUACCAUCUGUACAACGGCCUGCGGGCGAGCCUGCUGAACGCUUAUCAGUUACCUGAGAUCAUGAGGACGCCGCUGGAGGAGCUGUGCCUGCAAAUCAAGGUACUGAAACUUGGCUUCAUAGCACAGUUCCUGAGCAAAGCCCUCGAUCCUCCGACCGAGGAGGCCGUCAACCUCGCCAUCAAGAACCUCACUGAUCUGAAUGCCCUGGAUAGUUGCGAGGAGCUCACUGCGCUCGGCGUCCAUCUGGCUCGCCUGCCUGUGGAGCCUCACAUUGGAAAGCUCAUCCUGUUCGGAGCGCUGCUGGGCUGCCUGGACCCCGUGCUCACCAUUGCCGCCUCGCUCAGCUUCAAAGACCCCUUCUUUAUCCCCCUGGGCAAGGAGAAGCUGGCCGACAAGCGGAAGAAGACUUUAUCCAACAACUCCAAGAGUGACCACCUCGCCGUUUUCAAUGCCUUCCAGGGCUGGGAAGAAGCCAAACAUCGUGGCGCCAGGUGCGAGAGAGAGUUCUGUUGGGACAACUUCCUGUCUGCUAAUACUCUCAAGAUGCUGCAAAACAUGAAGGGCCAGUUUGCAGAGCACCUGAUGCACGUCGGCUUUGUUGGCAGCAAAGACCCCAAAGACCCCAAAUCGAAUGUCAAUUCAGACAACCAGAAGCUGAUUAAAGCGGUGAUUGUGGCCGGGCUGUAUCCGAAGGUCGCCAUGAUUCGCAAGUCUUACAGCAAGAAGAGGCCGGGCGUAAAGGUCUACACCCAGGCCGACGGGAAGGUGGCCAUACACCCCAAGUCAGUCAACUACGAGGAGACGGAGUUCAACUACACGUGGCUCAUCUACCACCUGAAGAUGAGGACCACCAGCAUCUUCCUCUACGACUGCACGGAAGUGUCGCCGUUCUCGCUGCUCUUCUUCGGCGGCGACAUCAGCAUCCAGAAGGACGAGGACCAGGAAACCAUCGCGGUGGACAAGUGGAUCGUUUUCCGCUCUCCUGCUCGCAUCGCCCACCUGGUGAAGAGUUUGAAGCGAGAGUUGGAUUCUCUGCUGGAAGAUAAAAUAUGUAACCCGGCUCCUGUGGACUGGCAGAACCGUGAGUCCAAAGACUGCGCUGUGAUCAGCGCCAUCAUAGACCUCAUCACCACCCAGGAGAGACCAGCGGGGAGCCAGGCUGCCAACACUCGUGCCCCUCAAAGCUGCCAGUCAUUCGGUCGUAGCUCGCACCACAGGAACUUUGAUGAGGACGACGAUGAGGACGAAGAUUAAAGCGGAACAUGGACAGUUCACCGGGACCUUCUUCACACACUUGAAUGACUUCUGUUUCUCCACGUUUUUGCCGACUGCGUUCCCAAGUUUCCUUUUCUUCCCUCCUGUUUUUUUACAUUUUGCUCCUGGUUAAAUGGAUAAAUAAAGGUGAAG